GGUGCCGAUGGCUGCUGGCUCUCCCCAGUCGCUGGGUGGGAGGAGCCGUGGGGCGGGUGGCACGGGGCGGACGGGCCCUUUCUCCUGCACUGGUUCCCGCAGCCUGGCCUGAGCGGGGGGGCUGGGGUUUGAGCGGGAGGAGGGUGGGCUGCCGAUCCUCCUCCACUCCUGCCCUGCUGCCCCCCGGGGUGGCUCGCUCGCUGUGGACAGGCCGCCAUGCCAGGGCUGUGUUCACACGGGCUGUGCCAGCCCAGUAGGCUCUAGGCACCGCAUUUCACCCCCAAGGCAAGGCUCCCCCCCCACCCUCUCAGGAGACAACAUCCUCUCCCCCUCCCUCCACCACCGCGGACCCUGUCUGGACGCCCACAAGCUCCUUCCCAGCAGUGACCCCUCUGCCCACCCCAUGACCUCCAGGACCGCCCUGUUCCUUUCCACUGUCCCCUCUGGUCACCAGCCCCAGCAUCUGCUUCCAGCCCUUGAAUCCUCCACGUUCACUCCUGCCCUGCAUCUCGGUGCUCCCUUCCCAGGGUGGUGGCGUGGCUCUCCCCUCUGCUUCAGCCCUCGGCCGCCUUCCACAUAGCGUCGGGAGUCAACCCCAGGAGAGCCGGGGCUUGUCGGCCCUGGUGGCUGCACACAGCACCCCUGGAGUGUGGGAUGGGCCUGGCAUACACGGGCCCUCAGUGGGCGUUUGUUGAGCAGAGAUGCCGUCAUGUGAGCCAGGGUGACUGACGGGCAGCCCCGACCCCACGUGGGGUCAGUCCCCACCGAGAAACUGCUGGGUCAGCAGGGCCAGUGCGGGGGCAGGUGUCAGACCCAGGGAGUCACAGAGAAGUCACCCUGAGCCCAGGUGCGGCCCAGGAGGGCCGUGAGAGGAUCAGCAACCAGAGCGCUGGUCCGGAGCUGGCCCCAGGAUCCCCGAGGCUGAUCUGCUGGGAGCCACCCUGGUCCAGAGGAGAGGCCAGGGAUGGAGCGGAGGCCCCUCGCAGAGGGCAGAGCCCGGAGCUGCGCCUCUCAGGAGGGAGACCUGUGGGGGGGGGCGGCGGGCGGUAGGCCGACACUCCCAGGCCCCCAGAGCUGCGGCUGCUGCGGGAGCCCCCUCGCGGGGGAGCCGUGCGGUCCCACCUCCUCUUGCGACCCGGACCUCGUCACGCCCCAGGGGCCAAACCCUGGGAAGGGAGGCUGUCGCUGCCCGGUGAGGCCUCGCCGAGCCCCGGCCAGAGGGCAGUCCCCCGCCUGUGACGGUUCUGGCGGGCAGGCACCUUCCCGGAGCUGCCCGCGGGCCCAGCCGUGCGGAGACCACUCGGACGACAGACCGCGCGACCCUGGGACCGGCACGCAGGCCUUCCCCGGCCCCCCGCAGCGGAGCCCUUCGGCGGGGCCGUCCCACGCAGGCACACAGCCGCCAGCGGGCAAGGGCCCCCCGAUCCAUCCCGAGCGCGCCCCGGCGCCCCCAGCCCCGCGGCGGUACGCGUGCGCCGAGUGCGGCAAGGCCUUCGCGCGCACCUCCAGCCUGCUGCAGCACGAGCGCAUCCACACCGGCGAGCGGCCCUACGCGUGCCCCGAGUGCGGCCGCGCCUUCGUGCGCUGCUCCGGUCUCCACCGCCACCGGCAGACGCACGCGGCCGCGCGGCCCCGGAGGAACUGCCUGCGAGGGCGCCCGGGCCCCCGGCGGGAGGCCAGGCCGUUCGCGUGCGCCGAGUGCGCCCAGGCCUUCGGCCUCUUCUCGCACCUGGUGGAGCACCGGCGCGUGCACACGGGCGAGAAGCCGUACGCGUGCCCCGAGUGCGGCAAGGCCUUCAACCAGCGCUCCAACCUGAGCCGCCACCGGCGCACGCACAGCAGCGCCAGGCCCUACGCCUGCGUGCUCUGCGACAAGGCCUUCAAGGGCCGCUCGGGGCUGCUGCAGCACCAGCGCGCGCACACCGGCGAGCGGCCCUACGGCUGCCCCGAGUGUGGCAAGGCCUUCCGCGGCUGCUCCGAGCUGCGCCAGCACGAGCGCCUGCACUCGGGCGAGAAACCCUACAUCUGCCGCGACUGCGGCCAGGCCUUCGUGCGCAACUGCAGCCUGGUGCGCCACCGGCGCACGCACACGGGCGAGCGGCCCUACGCCUGCGGCCAGUGUGGCCGCGCCUUCAGCCAGCGCUCCAACCUCACCGAGCACCAGAAGCGGCACGCGGGCCGCGCCGCGCGCUGAGCCGGAUCCGGGCCCUGAGCGCACCGCACACGUUCUGGCCUUGUAAACCUCGCGGGGUGGACGGCGCGGCCGCAGGUCUCACGAAGGUCGGCGCGCCCAGGCCUAUGUGUCCCGAGGAGGCGCCUAGUC